AUUAGGCAGACACUCAACGCAGAUCAGUCCGUUUUGACAUUUCCCUAAAAGAAAUUGGAAAUAAAAAUAAAAGGAACAUUUUCUCUUUUAUGCAAGACUAACUUGCACUUUUAAAUAAAACUGAAUCGUGUAUGCUUCGUCUACAAAAAAUGCACAUGCAAUUCAUCAAUAUUUGAUACACAAGAACUUUAUUUGCGGGUGUUUCGAAGAAAACUUUUUAUUAUUUUUUUUUAAUCUCACCAAGGGACUUUGACAACUUCUUUGUAUCCUCACUCAGCUCGAGAUUUGACCAUUUAAGCCAAAUCGGGCUAACUGUUUUUUUUUCUACUCACCUUCGUCGAUUUACGAUUUUUCGUAUGAAUCUACUCGACCCCUUCAUGAAGAUGACAGAGGACCAGGAGAAAUGUCUGUCAGACGCCCCCAGCCCGAGCAUGUCCGAGGAUUCUGCGGGGUCCCCGUGCCCGUCUGGAUCGGGCUCCGAUGCUGAGAACACCAGACCGUCGGAGAAUAGCUUGUUGGGACCGGACAGUCAGAUGCCGGACUUCAAAAAAGAGGGCGAUGAUGACAAAUUCCCCGUUUGCAUCAGGGAUGCUGUUUCCCAGGUGCUGAAGGGCUAUGACUGGACCCUGGUACCCAUGCCCGUGCGGGUGAACGGAAGCAGCAAAAACAAGCCGCACGUUAAGAGACCAAUGAAUGCGUUCAUGGUGUGGGCUCAGGCUGCCAGGAGAAAGCUGGCAGACCAGUACCCGCAUCUUCACAACGCAGAGCUCAGCAAAACACUCGGGAAACUUUGGAGAUUGCUCAACGAAGGCGAGAAGCGUCCCUUCGUUGAAGAGGCAGAGAGACUGAGGGUGCAGCACAAGAAAGACCACCCCGAUUACAAGUAUCAGCCGAGGAGAAGGAAGUCUGUGAAGAACGGGCAGAGUGAAGCUGAAGACGGAUCUGAGCAAACUCACAUCUCACCCACUGCGAUCUUCAAAGCGCUGCAACAGGCCGAUUCCCCUCACUCCGCGUCCAGCAUGAGCGAGGUGCAUUCCCCCGGCGAGCAUUCAGGCCAGUCCCAAGGUCCACCUACUCCGCCCACAACUCCAAAAACAGACAUGCAGCCUGGAAAAGCAGAUCUGAAGCGGGAAGGGCGCCCCCUGCAGGAAGGAGGUGGCAGGCAGCCUCACAUUGACUUCAGAGAUGUGGACAUUGGAGAGCUGAGCAGCGACGUCAUAUCCAACAUAGAGACAUUCGAUGUCAACGAGUUCGACCAGUACCUCCCACCCAACGGUCACCCAGGUGUUCCAGCCACCCACUCAGCUCACGGCCAGAGUGGCCAGGUCACUUACACUGGCAGCUACGGCAUCAGCAGCACCUCAGUCACCCAAGCAGCAAGCGCAGCGGGGCACGCUUGGAUGGCCAAGCAGCAACAGCAGCAGCAGCACUCCCUGCCCACCCUCAGCAGCGAACAGGGGCAGCAGAGAACAACACACAUCAAGACCGAGCAGCUGAGCCCGAGCCACUACAACGAGCAGCAGCACUCCCCGCAACCAAUCAACUACGGCUCCUUCAACCUACAGCACUACAGCUCUGCAUAUCCUACCAUCACACGCUCCCAGUAUGACUAUUCAGAGCACCAGGGAGCCAACUCCUACUACAGCCACGCAGCAAACCAGGGCUCCGGCCUGUACUCCACCUUCACCUACAUGAGCCCGGCCCAGAGGCCCAUGUACACCCCCAUUGCAGACACUACCGGGGUCCCUUCCAUCCCCCAGACCCACAGUCCUCAGCACUGGGAGCAGCCUGUCUACACACAGCUCACCAGGCCGUAGGAGCCAUUCAGACCGAAAGCAGUGACUGUUGUGAGAAAUGCCAUCCCCAUACAUCUCAGAAACUGUUACUCUAGAGCCAGUGUGCCAGGAUUCAUUUAGUGUCAACUCAGAUCUGAGCAUGAACAACUUGAAACAGUGAACAAGAGCUGGGCUUUGGUCAUUUAAAAAGGCAGGUGAACUUUGAAGGGUUGGAAUGGUUCAAUCAGUGCCUUUUUUUGUGUUGAACUUAAUAAUUCAUUGUUUUUUUAGCCAUAAUUAAAAGAGAAAUCCUCUGUGAGGACUUAUCAAUUCUAAAUAUUUUUUAGUAUGUACUGUGUAUGUUUUAUUCCUUUCUUUUGUUUUUUCGGGGGGAUUUAUACAUAUUUGUAGAGAAAUGAAAGAAGCUCUUAUUUUUUUUUUCAAAUCAGCUAUAUGAACCACUUGUGGUAGUACAGUCUGCUAUAGCCUUUUUUUUUUUGCUGACAAACAUAUUUUUGUACAGAAAAAAAGAAUUAUAUCUUUUAUUUUACUCCGUCUCGCAAUAAUGUAUUGUGCUUUUGUAACUUUGUACAAAAACAAAAUGUUUGUAAAGAAAAUGCUGGAUAGUGUUCUAGUGAUUAAAAAAAACAAAGUGCCAGUUAUCAAUGAAAGAAAAAAAUAAUGUAUCAUAUGCUUUUUCUGCAAGACCUGUCUUUGCACCACUAGUGCCUAUGGACCAUGAAUUCAGGAGCGAGAUUAAAUGUCCAUGUUUUACUAGGUUGACAUCCACACCACACCAGCCCUGCACCAAGCCACAGCUGAUAUAUUACUUCCUGUUUGACAGCAUGUGCUAAACAGGCACAGGAAGUGACCUUUAACCCAUUAUGUUCCAGCAGGUCACAACAAAGUUACUUUAGUAUUCCCCUCCCUAUUCCUAACCCAUUUAAAGUUAUUUAUUAGCAUUAAUUUUAUUUUAAAGUAAAUAUUUGCAUUGUAUUUGUUUUAAUAUACAGCUGUAUACGACUAAUUAAAAAUUAAAUAAAUACCCUAGGUAUAUAUAUGAAAAAGGCAGUUGAUGGAAAGGGUGUCCUUGUUGUUUUAAUAUGGUGCAAAUUGUAACCAUUGUUUAUUUAUCAUUUUAAAUGUUUCUGUUAUUAAAAAAAGAUUUUAAAAUCUUGUAUCUAGCUGUGUACAGAUGUGUUUUAAUUGUAAUAAAACUUGAUUAAAAUUAGAAAAAAACAACUGGAAAAGUUCUUCUUAAUUCUUAAAAACAAAAGUUGCAAAUGUAGUGUAUCACUGAUUUGCAUUUAUAUUUCCUGCUUCAGCUAAAUCUUGGUAGUCAAGAUUUUUAACUGUUUGUUUUUUUUUAACUAUGAUCAAGCUGUGGCUGCAUUGUAAAGACUUCUCUUAUAAAAGACAGCAUACUUUUUUAUUUUUCUUUUCUCUAUUAUAUAUCCCAGUACUGAUUUUACAACUUUUUGUAAUGCAACUGAACAAAACAUAUUGGGUUUUUUAGGAGUUUUAACAAAUCGUCUUAAAAAGCUUAUCUUUUGUAUUAUAUUGUUUGCAAUAAAAGAGAAAACGUAUUUAAAAAUAA